AUGUGGCUCUAUUCAACAAAACGGUACUAUUCAUUGGCAUAUCAACAUCCUGAGCUGUGUGACCAGUUCUUCUUAUGUACAAAUGGUACAUUGACAGUGGAGACGUGUGAAAAUGGUUUACUGUUCGAUGGCAAAGGUGCCGUCCACAACCACUGUAACUACCACUGGGCUGUGGACUGUGGCGAGAGAAACGCUGACUUGACGCCUCUAUCUACACCCGGCUGUGAAUAUCAAUUCGGAAUCUACCCGGACAGUAACGAGUGCUCUACCAGCUAUGUCAAGUGCGCAUUCGGUAUCCCUAACCAGGAGCCAUGCACCCCAGGUCUAGUAUACGACGAACGUAUUCAUGGCUGCAAUUGGCCCGAUUUAUUGCAACCGUUCUGCAAUCCUGAAGCGGUCGUCGGCUUCAAGUGUCCCACCAAGGUACCUUCCAAUUCUCAGUCAGCCAAGUUCUGGCCUUUCCCCCGAUUCCCUGUGCCUGGUGAUUGCCACAGACUGAUCACAUGUGUGGAGGGUCAGCCACGGCUAAUCACCUGCGAAGAAGGCAAAGUCUUUGAUGACCAGAAUCUGACCUGCGAAGACCCAGAAAUAGUUCCAGGCUGUGGACACGCGUGAUUCACUGACGUCGGUAUUACAAGGCGAAAAUAAGAAACAAGUCUUCCUCUUUUAGUGUUCAAAAAUAGUGAUAGAUUUCCAAUUUGGAGGUACUACGUCAUCAGGAAUUAAUGAAUGACUUCUUUUUUUUUAAAUACACGGCCGCGUAAAAUAUUUAUGGAUAAUGAAUAUAAUGGAGUCCAACUCGUUGACCAAACCCCUAACCACUUCAUAUGUAUAUCUAUAAGCAACUAUAGACAUAUAACACCGCAUUUCCAUUAAUGAUAUGUAAUUUUAUUUUAUUCUAUAGUAUUUAUGCAACAAAAAAUAUACAUUUUAUACGUCAACCAAUGGCUACAAGAUUUGUUGUGCAAUUCUAAAAAUUAACAAUAUUAUGUGUUCAUAUAAUAUAAAACAGAAAUGCGGUAUUAAAUUGUAAUUAUUCUGAUAAAAUUUAAAACGGCCAACUUCAAUUCCUAUCUCAAUUUUUUUCGCAAUACAUAUUGCAUAAUAACGAGAUUUUUGAUUCGUUUUUUAUACAAUUUUUGCUAUUAUCUUGUAUUGUAAUAUAUCUACCGAUUGUUUUCGUUUUGUAAUGCUUUAAUUUGUAUGUAAUUAUGUUUUAAUUUAAUUGCAUUGUAAAAUAUUUGGAAUGCUGUUUCCAUUGAAUUUUAUUUAUUUCUUAUAUUAUAUUUCGUGAUCAAUUAACGAAUUCCUGUUUAUAAACCUAAGUUGCCAAAUAUACCAUGAUCCGUGCGUGAUAUUAGUUACCGUAGAAAUAUAUAAUAUAUACUUAUAUGAAAUAUAUGUACCUACAUUAAAGUCAUUAAAUGAAAUAGUUAUAUAUCCUAAAUGUAUGUAAAUACUACGAAAGUGUAAAUAGAAAAUUAUUUUAUAUAA